CUCUUAGUGAACUGGUUGUUAUUAUAUGUACUGUAUUUAUGUUGGAUGAUAUUGAAGCCUUGUGACUGUAUUUUAUUUUCAGCAAUUCUUUAGAACUGUUAGAAAAUAUUAACAUGAAUGAUCAACAGGGAAACUCUCUGUGGGAAGAUGGACCCAGGGCCAAUUGCAGUGACACCUUACCAUAUGGACAUGAAUUUUUUAAUGAAAUACCUGUUGUAAUGAAAGUUAUAAUAGGAAUAUGUGGAGGACUGACUCUCAUUACCAUCAUCAUCUUUUUAGAUGAACUACGAUGUUUGAUAAAAUCUAAUAAACAUGAAAAUAUUUUACAUAAAUCUAUUUGGCUUCUAGGCCUUUAUCCAGUUUUCUCUUCGACAUCUUUAUUAGCCAUUGUUGUUCCUCGUUCAUCUUUAUUAGAUCAGCUUCUAGCAUCAGGGUAUCUUGCAGUGGUUCUUUACAUGUUUGUAAAUUUGAUGAUAUCAUAUUAUGGUGGAGAAGCUGCAUUUCUACAUAUAGUUACAGAUACUAAAAUAGCUCUACGUAGUCCACCAUUGGCUUGUUGUUGUUGCUGCUGUCCUAUGGUUCUUCUCAACAAAAAGACUUAUAGAAUCAUUUCUGCAAUAGUACUUCAGUGUGCAUUUGUUCGGCCACUGAUAAUGUAUUUAUCUGCUGUACUAUGGACAGAAGGCUUGUAUGUUGAAGGAAUGUUAACUAAAUCAACAGUUAAUACUAUUUUUGGCCUGACCAAUACAUUAUCUACAUUAUUAGCUAUGUAUGGUUUGAUACUUAUAUAUCGAGCAUCGAAGGACCAUCUUAAACAUUACCAUAUUGUGCCAAAAUUUAUUUGUUUUCAAUUAGUUUUAGUUGCGAGUAAUUUACAGAUCUUAGUAUUCAGUAUACUAUCAUCGAAUGAUGUCUUUCCAUGUGUAGGAACUCUCUCACCAAAAAUCAUAGGAAAUGUUACACAUCAUGGAUUGCUUAUUUUUGAGAUGUUUUUGUUGGCAUUGCUUGCCAGAUUUUUUUACAUGAAGACAUUACGGAAUGAUACGUCAUAUACUACAGAAAUUGUAGAUGCAAAUGGAAUAAACCAGGGAUAUAACUCCACCUCAAAUGUUGCAAAUACUACUACCAGAAGUAAUACCGAAAAUAUGUCGUCUGCAUAAAGACCAGGUUGCUCAAUGUUUUUACUACCUAGAAAUAAUUUACAAAUCAAACAUGUCGGCUAGUGUUGCAAACAUGCCUUGAAAUAACUGGUCGGACAUGGAAAAAGUCUGAUCGAAUUUCGCGACUUGUCGGGUGAAACUUCCAAACAGUCUGUCAUUUUGUCCGAGGAUAAAUUUAUCAGCAGAUUAUCGCCAUUUUCGGAAAAUGCUAUGUCACAACCAACAGUCGGAAAACGCACAUAAAAGUCUAUUAAUCCACAAUAUUACUUUUUUUAUCUGAAACAUUUCACAGUCUUGUCAAUCAACCACACGGGCUUGCUUCUAUGGCCAUGGCUGUAGUCUCAGAAUUUCAUUCCCAGACAUAAAGAUAAUGUUGGCGAGUGAGAGUAGCUCUAUAAUUUAAAAUCUAACUAUGCUAACCCAACGGAUACAGGGUUAUAAUCAGGAAAAAAAAAACUAUAGGAAGGCAAAUACUGACAGGGCAAUCAACUAUUUUUGAUAUCAUGGUUCAACUCCAUGACUGAAGGUUCAACAAUGUAUCGAAAACGGGCGUAAUAAAUUCAUCGUAGGUGCCGAAUACUAAAAUUUACCUAUUUUUGUCACAUAUAUUCAAGGGAAUCUUACGAGAUAAAACAUACAUUGUUGUGGAAUUUAUACGUUGUCAUGCUUCAGAGAUUUGAUAUUUUCUCAAUAAAUCUAAUGCCGAUACGCACUGAGCAGUCGUCAGUCGAAUGGUGUAAUUCGGUUGUAUGUAUUUCAGCAUAGAACCUUUUAUUACAAAUUUUGAUGAAACAUGUUCCUGCAUAUUUACAAAAUAGGCUUCCUGUUUAAAAUUUCUAACAAGUUCGUAAACUACAGUAAAAUAAUUAACCAUACCCCAGAAGUUCCGUAUUAUGUUAUUAUUCCCAUGUAGUAUUUACGGCGUAGUAAUAUCUGCAUGUUUUCACGGUAACAUGUACAAAGUUGUGUAUACGUAGCCACUACAGUUUAUAAAGGGAUUUAAUAUUUUAAGAUUUAACUCAAAGUCUUGAUCAUACUUUAUGUAAUCAUACAACAAAUAGUUAAAGGAGCUAAAUCGCUAAUAUUUUGAACCUAGAAAUGGACACAAAUCGGUCGCAACGCAUAUACCGGUAAUAAUGUAAUAUGAAUGUAUAUAAACUGAUUUACAUUCAAUCUUUUCUGUUUUUACUAUAAUUUCUAAUUAGUUAUGUUUGGCGAAAUAUGCCAUAGAAGUCUUAAUCGAAUGGCAAUCUCUAGCAUCUGGUUUUUCAGCACCGACAGUAUUUAUUGUCAUGCUCUUCAGAUAAGAAUAUGAGGUCACCAUUUGAUAUGACUUGUGGAAUAUGUCUAGCCUCGUUCUUUGUUACAAAGGACGCUGAAACGCAUUAUGGUACACGAUGCGUGUACCAAUGGUAAAAUGUUUAUUUUGUCUUAAAUAUUGGAUAUCAGAAGCCUAUCUUUACCCGGGUAAGAUCACAGCAUCAAUGUUGAUUUAAAUUGACAAAUAAUUUGUGUUUUCAAUGUCGAUGUCUUUGGAUGAUAUUGAGUUAGAGACUUAGCUACUUAAGUUCUCAGGAAGUGGUGUGUAUUUUAAAUCCGCAGCAAGCGUGACUCAAUUAUUCAUUCUUUAAAACAUCGUGUUCGUGUUUCAUUUCCGAGAUAAAAUAGCACCUGACCGAAAUGUAUCUACCCCAAGUAUCAUGACAUUCGAUGCAUUUUAAUGGGUAACAUUUCUAUAUCCGUGACAAAUCAAAACCAAUUUCGUCCAACAAACGAAAACUAAGUAAAACUGCCCUGACUCAAGUCACGUGGAUCGCAAAAGAUAUUAGUCAACAGAAUAGAUCUUGAUAGACUUUGUGCCGAAAAUGUAAAAUGUCAGGCAGAAUGUUCAUCCAGCCUGACAUGGUGUCAGACACACAUUUGAAAGUUAUUUCCAGGCUUGGUUGCAAAGAGAGCCAACGAGUUUUAGAGAAGGAUUUUUACACAAAAAUUUAUGUUAAGCAAGUAGGUUUUUGAUGUGUUUUACAGACAAACCCGAAAAUAACUAAAUAUUUUAAGAGCAAACCCAAAAUCUGCCUAUUGCAGUCUGUUUUUUGGCUUUAAAUGUUAUAUUUAUUUAAAUUUUUAUUAACAUGACAAGCCCAUAAUCAACUCUCUAGGCCGUUGGGUGGCUCUGAUUUUAAGUAGAUUAGAACACUGCAGCCAUUUACAAGUUUAACGAUAAAAUAGACAAUCGAGACUUAAUCUUGAUUGUCAAGUACUCCGUCUUCAUUAGCCCGGUCGGAGUGGGACGUUAAACCCCAUUUCAUUUCAUUUUGUCAAGUACUGUUGCUAUGAUAAUGAACAAUCUAUACAUUUUGUCAAAACUUCAAACACUCAUAACUUUGCACAAAAUAAAAUUAUUUUACUGAAAUUUCCAAAUAGUCUUUUUUCAUUAUCAAUUUUCUCCAAAUAUCUCGACAAUUAUACCACAAUAUUUAUAUAUAUAUAUACCAAGCCUUCAAUCAAUUUCGCACAUUUAUAGUCACUAAAUAAACGGUCAUGUAAUCAUUACAUUUUUUAAGUAAUGGUCAUGUAAUGGGUAAUGGAAGAUUUCAAAAGUAAUGAGUAAUGGAAAUGUAAUUAAUUACAUUCCAAAAAUCAUGUAAUGGUCAAUUACAUUUCAAUUACUUUUCAAUUACAUUUUAUGGCAUAUAUAAAUAUUUCCAAUAUGACAAGCCUCAAAUUUUAUAGCACCAAAGAAGUAAUUAAGUGUAUCUAACACAAAUCCAAUUCAUUAUAAUUCUAAAAAAAAAGAUUUUAAUCAGUUUUAAAAAAUUAUAAGAAAAAUAAGAAGGCAUUAAACAUUUUCUUUUAUUACUUUUUAUGAAGGAACCUUUUUUAGACAUGUAACCUAAGAAGUGGAUUUCUGAUAAGAUGUAUAUUAUAAUCAAAGAUUAGUACUAAUUUGCAGCCAAUCACUCAGUCAAUAAAUCAAUCAAUCAGUCAGUUAGAUUAAAAGACAAUAAAUAGUCAUACUGCACUUUAAUCUUAAUCUCAAGGUAACAAGUGACAAACCAAACAAUGACCUUCAAGUAUCUCAUCAUUUUAUGGUUACUUAAAACUAAUAUAUAUUUUGUUUUAGAGUCAAGCUGAAUAAUUUACCAGUUAUUAUACAAUAUAUUAUAGAAAAACUAUUUGGACUGAUUAAAUUUUUUUUAAAUAUUACUUAAAAGAAAAUACAGUUAAUUAACUAUAGGCUAGUUUUGAUUAAUUUUUCAAGUCAUACAGUGAAAAUGUCAGUUUUUGUCACCACUGCCCAUCACUAUAAAAUUUGCCUUGAUGUUAUAAUAAUUGCUAGAAAUAAUAAUUCAUAAACAAAUAUCUAUUAAGUAAAUCAAGGAUUAUUUUGAGUUUGAUUUUGUAGGUACUUCAUGGCAGAAAAAUAUGGUUGUCUUUUUAAUUUCUAUAAAAAAUGUUUUUUAUUUAUAUAGUCAUAAAGUAAUGGGUAAUGGUAAUUAAUUACUUUCAAUGUAAUGGGUAAUGGUAAUUAAUUACAUUGCUAAAAAUGAGAAAGUAAUUGUAAUGAUUACAUUUAAAAAGUAAUGGUAAUGUAAUUAAUUACAUUGGCAAUGUAAUGGCCCCAGCCCUGGUUGUACUUAAUAAGCUAUGACCAUUUAACCAUCUAUAAAUAAUACACUGAAAGAUGGUUACGAGUGUCGGCCAUAACAUCCGGGCACUUGUGAGUAAAAAUUAGGUCCCGUGCCCUUGUUUUGAAAUUAGUCUCGCUUAACCUGUCUACCGAUCAUUCUACGUCUGAUUGACAGGCCGGGAUAAUCAGGACUACUUUUUUACGAAACAUAACAGAAAGCUGGAACAAGAAAUUGAAUUUAGAAACAUGCACGUUAGGCAACUCAACAGCUGUUUUAAGAACCUUGUAAAAGUAAAAUGAAACUACUGCUAGUAUCAUGUUCUUGCCUAUUGAAAGUGUUUCAGAGAUAUUUUUUGUACUAAACCAAAAGAUGUCACUCCUAACGGUACAGUUAAUGAUAAAGCAAUUUAACAAAUAAAACAAACAUAUUUUCUAAAGCUGCUGUAAUAACCAAAAAGCUAAAUUCUACGAUUUUUUACGACUGUAAUAGUUGAUAGAUGUGUAGAGAAUUGCACAUGCAAUGGCUAUUUAUAGUAUCAUAGACUCUAGUGCUGAGUAUUAUCAUAGUGCGUGCUUAGCCAGAAAUCACUUCGAGACAAGCCACUGAAGCGUGCACAUUCGCCGUGUCUAGUCUAACUUUCUGUAGAGAAAAUUUUCAAUGCACGGGUCACCCUACUACUAUACUUCAUAGCAAGAAUGGCCAGCUCUUUAUCUAAUUCUUACAUAAUGCAUCUUAGUUAACUUUUUUGUUUUAUAAUCAAAUGUUAGCUACUGCAACACUAUUUUUGGGAUUCACAAAUUCAUUAAUGGGGCAUUAUGUAAGAUUAGAUAAAGAGCUGGCCAUUCUCGCGAUAAUAUUUCAAUGGUUGUAGUUUUGACAGCUUUUUAAUUCAAUCAUUAAAUAGCCGAACCAUUCUAAUCUACUUAAAAUCGGAGCCAUCUGAUGGCAUCGAGAGUUGAUUGUGGUUUUGUCAUGUUAAUAAAUGUCUAAUUAAUAAUUUAUAUAACAUUUAAGGCCUAAAAGAAACCUGCAAUAGGCAGAUAGCUAUUUACAGAAUACCCGUUAAACAGAUUAAACUACAGGUAGGCCUACAAUUAAUAGUAUGCCAUUUAUAAAUAUUGACACCAAGUGAAAUUAUGUUAUGUUUAUUCAAACUGUUAUAUGAACCCUACAUAAUAAUACCGGGUAGCUAUCUCAAAUGGUUAAUAUUGUGUUAAAUUAUGGAUUCAAGUUCAAAUUAGUAUUUAUAAUAUAAACUUGAAAUGUUAUAUUCUGUAGAUGCACCAAAUUGUAUUGGCUGUAGAUAUCAUGUAAUUAUUUGUUAUAAAUUGUAUAUUUUGGUUGUAUUUUAUAAGUCCUCUUUGUUUACUGCUAUUUUGUAUUUAUUAUUAUGCAAAUCUUUUUUAGAUAAUUUUCAUAUGUUGGUUGUAUUUUAUAAGACAUUUUUAUACACUGUUUGAAUGGCAUUUAGUAAUUGAACACAUUAAAAUAAACACAACAGUUCUAUGGAUAACAAUUACUAUAUUUCUAUAAAGCUACGUUUCAACAAUGAUUCUCUUGUUGUUAUCAAGCACAAUACUAAUACAGACAGAAGGAACCCUAAUUGUUAUCCAUAGAACUGUUGUGUUUAUUUUAGCAUUUUUAUACCCUGUCUGGGUGUGUGUGUGUAGCCUACAGGCCACAAUUCUUAAGUGAUCAUCUUGAAACUUUACAUACUUAUUCCUUAUACCCUAAGGAUGAUCCCUAUUGUUUUUGGUGCAUGCCCGACCCCUAGGGGCAGAGCCACACCGAUUUCUUGUAUGUGUUUGUUUGUCGUCUACAGUCCGCAUUUCUUAAGAUAUCAUCUUAAAACUUUGCAUACUUAUUCUUUGUACCCUAAGGACCAUCCCUAUCACAUGGGGUGCAUGCUCAACCCCCAGGAGCAGAGCCAAGCCCAUAUAUAUUUUGGUGUGUCUGUGUGUCGCCUACAGGCCACAAUUCUUAAUAAUGGAAUUUGGUAUACUUAUUCCUUAUACCCUAAGGACGGCAACUAUUGAUGUUGGUGCACGACCCCUUCCUACACCCAUUUUUUGUUGAUAUUUUGUCUGUAAAUGAUAUACAGGUUGCAGUUAUUAACAGAUUUGGAUACAAUUCGGAAUGAUCCAGCAUAUGGUUGUACCUAUAUAUAUUGGUCCAUGUCCAACCCCCAGGGACAGAGCCACGCCCAAUUUUUGUAUUUAUUGUCUACAGGCUGCAAUUCUGAAUGGAUCAUCUUGGAACUUUGCAUAUUUAUUCCUUAUACCGAGAAGAUAGCAACUAUUUAUUUUGGUGCAUUACCCGACCCCCCGGGGCGGUGUCACACCCAUUUUUUUGUUAAUGGGGUUUAACGUCCACUCGACACAAACUAGGCCAUUUUGGGACUAACAUAUGGUUUAAUUUUAUUUCAAUAAUUCGCUUGCACGUAGGGGUCUUUAUCAGGGGGAGGAAACCGGAGGACCCGGAGAAAACCCAUGAGGUUGGACAGGCGACCCUACUCCUUGUCAUGUACAACCGGGGAUUCGAAACCACAUUUUUUUGUUAAUAUUUUGUCUGUAAAUUUGGCAAAACAAACCCAACCCCUAGCCUUCUUUGCCUCUUGUCAUAUUACAGUCAUUUCAUAUUUCAUUCUCUUCAUUUUAACAAGCCAACAGUGAGGCUGAUGUCCCCCGCCGAAAUAGGAAAAUAAUUAGAGGACACAUAUAAAUUUAUCACAAAUUAUCUUUUACAAAGUAUUGAACAAUCAAACAGUAUAUCUUUACUUAUAGUCUAACAAUCAAAGUAGGAGAGUUAUUGUUUUCCAAAGUCUCGACCAAUCAAAUUGCGUAUCGCUCUGCUUACCCUGAGCAGAAAAUGCUCAUUAUCAAACUUAGUCAAGGUAUUACUGUAAUGAAACUAUACACCAAGUUUCAUCAAUCUCACUUAAUUAGAACUAAAGUUAUCGUGUCCCAAAGCAUCAACCAAUCAAAUUGCUUAUCUCUGCUUACCCUAAGCGGAAAAUGCUCAUCUUCGAACUCCAUCAAGGCAUUGACCUAAUCAACACAUACACCAAGUUUGAACAUUCUAGCUCAAUUAGGAAGAGAGUUAUCGUGCCCCAAAGUAUCAACCAAUCAAAUUGCUUAUCUCUGCUUACCCUAAGCGGAAAAUGCUCAUCUUCGAACUCCAUCAAGGCAUUGACCUAAUAAACACAUACACCAAGUUUGAACAUUCUAGCUCAAUUAAAAGUUAUCGUGUCCCAAAGCAUCAACCAAUCAAAUUGCUUAUCUCUGCUUACCCUAAGCGGAAAAUGCUCAUUUUCGAACUCCAUCAAGGCAUUGACCUAAUCAACACAUACACCAAGUUUGAACAUUCUAGCCCAAUUAGGAAGAGAGUUAUCGUGUCCCAAAGCAUCAACCAAUCAAAUUGCUUAUCUCUGCUUACCCUAAGCGGAAAAUGCUCAUCUUCGAACUCCAUCAAGGCAUUGACCUAAUAAACACAUACACCAAGUUUGAACAUUCUAGCUCAAUUAGGAAGAGAGUUAUUGUGUCCCAAAAAGUGUGACGGACGGACAGACAGACGGACAGACAGACAGACGGACGAACCCAUUUUAAUAGUCCCCUGCUUUCUUCGAAAGGCGGGGGACAAAAAGUACCAUAUCAAUCAAAGCAGGAAUGUGGAUGUAUAUUGCAGUGUUAGCGAUGCUCUUGUUCUUUACUGUUAUUAAAUGAAUCUCUAUAAAUGAAUGACUUUUCAGUAAUUUAUUUUAGAUGUACAAGUAUUGUUAUUUAGUAUAUUGUUUUGUAAUGCGGUCCUACUUCCUUUCACAUUUGUCCUACACACAAAGACUAAAACCUUUUCAAUUUGAUUAAAUGGAAGCAAAAUAAUAACAUCUCAAAAUUUU